UCCGAUUGUUCAGCCUCUACCCUCUCAUCCCUCCGUACCUGUUGUAUCUCGACGUCCUUUGAUCAAAAUGCAGCUCUGCCUUUUCGUCGCUCUCGUUCUUCCAUUCGUCCUGGCACAGCCCGACCCAACAACCGUCUGCCUGCCCAACCAACUCCAGAGUGACCUCUAUGACUUCGAUAAGACAGACUUCGGAACUGUCGCUGCUGAUUUCACUAAGAACAUGACUUCCUUGAGAUUCGUCAAAACCAACAUUAGAGUUGUCUACGAUCUUCUUGCUGGCAAAGGUUACCUAGUCAGUGGCACCGGCGAGUGCACAUCAUUCGACCUCCAAGCCAGUCAGGUCAUCACUCAGUGUCUUCCAGCAUCCGCCACCCCACUCACCACCAACGACACCGUCAUUGGAUUCGGCGCCACCAGCCUUAAGCUCGUCUCAUAUGACGUGCAGUUUGAUGACAAGACCAAGGUCAGGGCCGCUUUUACUGACAGCACCCCAGCCUUCCCCGUCCUCAGACAGGUUAUUGGCACAUCCACCAACAUCACCGGAGACGUCCUCUUCUUCACCAACUCCAAAACCACCGUCGACAACGACCUGUUUAUUGUCCCAACUGUCUGCACACCUCUCACCGCAGUUUAAACCCAUUUGCCAUUUGAUAUUUGUACAUGUUUAUUGUAGUAAUAAACCAUUUUAACAUUU